AACUUGGCCAAGUGGUUAGUCAAGGAGUUCCAGAGUAUGCCGAAGCCGUUCCCCAGCAGAUCAGUUGUAAACACCCAGGAGUUCACCAAGAGGAUAUUGGAAUCAGGAAACAUCGGAGAAGAGGACAUCAUGGUAUCAUUCGACGUAGCGGCAUUGUUCCCAAGCGUUCCAGUGAAGGAUGCUUUGAACCUUUUGGAGGAUUGGCUACUAGAACAACGGACGGAUGCAGCAUGGCGAGGAAAAGUAAAGAUGUAUCUCAAGCUUGCAAGAUUAUGUAUGAACGAGAACUACUUUACAUUCCGUGGAAGCUUCUACAAACAAACGAAGGGUGCACCUAUGGGAAAUCCGCUAUCACCGUUUUUGUGCGAAUUAUUCAUGGCGAAUUUGGAGGACAGCCUAGAGGAACAAGGAGUACUACCCGAGAAAUGGUGGAGAUACGUGGACGACAUUUUCAGCAUUAUCAACCGGAAAGAUCUACCCAGGAUUUUGGAAGCGAUAAACAACGUGCAUAAAGACAUCAAAUUCACCCACGAGGAGGAAAAGGAAGGAAGCCCACCAACACCAUGAGAGUCAUCCCAUACACAUCAAAUCAUUCGUAUCAGCACAAAAUGGCAGCUUUUCAUCACAUGAUCCACAGGAUGCAGACGAUUCCCCUGAGCGAAGAAGGAAAAACGAAGGAGCUACAACACAUCUUGGAAACAGCGAGGAUAAACGGAUACAAGGAAAGAACAAUACAAGCAAUCAUCAACAAGAAGCAGAGGAACCUACGGAAAAACGA